AUGCUGGCAAAAUGCCGUCAAACUGUCGCCGACUUCGGUCAACGAGUCAUCUUGACGAUGAAACAGGCCUUCUGGACGGUCUUUUACUUCUUCUAUUUUCUUGUGAAAGGAAAUCCGAACUGGAAAUGUGAGCGAUACUCCGUAGAAACAUUGAAGAAUUGCUGUGUGGAGGCUAGGAAAACUGAACAGGAACAGAGGGCUGCUCAGAAAUCUAGUCUGUCAUCCUGCGCAGCAAAGAACUACGAGCAUCGCGGCGUUACGAGAAAAUCCGUCCCGAGCAGAAUUUCGGAAUGGCUUGCGAUGGCCCAAGACUUUGUUCUCUAUUAUGCGACACUUUUUGGACGACUCUGUAAAAGAAUCGCCUGUCAAGUAAUCAAACUUUUAGUCACCUUUCUGCAGUGUUUAUGGGCUAUUGUCAGAGCUAUGUUCUGGCCCAAUGUAGAAUCGAAACGUUUGCACUCAUCCGCACCAAAACCUUUCAAAGUUUACGACCAAGACCCACCGUCGUUUAACAGAGUGGACUUCAAACCAGAAGAGUCUACGGAGCAACGAGAAUCGCAGUUCGAUCAGACACGUAUUCCAUCUGUAGCUCCGGAGGUCGGGCAGCCAAGGCAUCGCGGGCACCCGACACCGGCUGAACGCAUACAGAUGUACGCUACAGAGUCAGCCGCUCAACAGCAGAUUGCCACCCCCGUGGCGAUGCCUCGACAAACUCAGUUCACUUCAGAGCCUUUCUGGCAACAUGAAGAUGCUCCAGGGCCAUCGACGCACCAAUUCACUGACACCAGUCUCGAUGUAGCAUAUAGGGAUACGAGUUCUAAUGAAGACGAAACCACAAUACAUGCUCCACCUCCACCAGCUCCUCCACCACCUUACAGUUCAAUUCGACUUGAUCAUAUAAAUGGCAGAGAAGAAACGAGUGUAGAUCCAUGGGAAUACAACUCACCUCUCUCCGCCACUACGAAAAAGGAACCACCAGGAAUCGGCAAAUUGCCAGCCGAUGUGAUGGCUGAAUUACACGGUGAGAUCUAUGACUUGUUGGGAACUCAGAAAAUGCGAAUGGAGAAGGAGACCUCCGUUCAACGAGAAAUGACACAGAGCUGCCAUCCCGAUAUGGCACAGUGGAAAACACAGGACAAUGAAAGUAGGUACGAUCGCUCUGCUACGGCGACCCCCUUUCGGGCCAGUAGCGUUGGUCCUACGAUGCGGAAGCUUGAACAGGUUGUUAGCCGAUUGGACGAUGCUAACGAAAACGAGGCCCAGUACGUGUUCAGAGCAAAACCAUCCGAAUAUAUGAUGGGAAGGCCAGUAUUUACACCGUUGGAAGAAGCUGAACGGAUGCGAGACACAAUCAACAGUUACUCAAAGUCGAGGUAUAGAGUUAUCCAUCCUUUGGAGCAGCAAAAUGCAUCGGGAACCGUCGUGACAUUCGAAUAUCGAUUCGAAAUUUGGCUUUUGCAAGAAUUAGACAACCGAGGCUAA